UGGAAAAGGAUGCACCCCCGUUAACGCGCUUUCUGCUACACACACACGCGAAUCCCCGCCCCCCGUCAUGAGCUGCCUGUGCUCGCGCGUGGGCAGGACUCUCUCUCUCUCUCUCUCUGGCGUGAUGGGGAAAAAGAAAACCUUAGCAUUUGCGCACAUGGCUUGCUCCUCCUCUCCCUCUUGCAGUGUAUGGGCAUUCGCAACCCCCCCCCCCCCCCCCCCCCCCCUUCCUCCUCCUCCGCUAAUUCGGGUGGCGCUUCCGCAUUGUUCCCCUCCCUCCACCUCUCCGGAUCACUCUACCACCACCACCACCACCAUGAUGACGAUGAUUCAUUGACAACCCCCAACGCCCACCCCAACAAAACAACACACAUGCACAUCAAUCCCAGACACGACCGCCGGACAGAGUCACAAAACAGAGAGUGAGAGAAACUACAUCCCAUCCAUCCUUCCAUCUUCAUCUCCAUCUCCAUCUAUCUUAUCUAAUCUAUCUCUACCCACCAUCACGACGCAUCUCCUCCUCCUCCUCCUCCUGUCUCUCUUCUAUUUAUGUCUCGCCCUCCAAACUAUGAAUUUCAGGAAUGGUGGAACAAGCAGAGAGAGGACCCCAACCACCACCUUUUCCUCCUCGACCAAUCUAUUGAUCAUAACCCUCACCACCGCCUUAUCCUCGACAUCCGCGGCGCCGAUCCCCUCGUCGUCGACAAGGACCACCGCGCUCGCACCGUCCGCCAACUCUCUUGGGUCUGCCUCUUGCGCUUCCACCAAUUCGCCCAUUACUUCGCCUACUUCUCCCAUGCCUUCCUCUCCCUCCUCCGAACCGCCAACCGUCGCCUCACCUCCUCCGUCACCCCCUCCGAGACCCCCUCCCCUCGCCUCUACCGCCCUAUCAAGGCCUUCUUGGCCCUAGUCCUUCUCCUCCUGCUGCUCGAGCUCGUUGCUUACUUCAAGGGCUGGCAUUUUACUCCGCCCACUGUCAGGUCUUCUUCCGCCGAGCUCGUGGAUCUUGUCGAGAUUGUUUACGCCAAUUGGCUCCAGGUCAGGACUAACUAUUUGGCCCCGGUGCUGCAGACUUUGACCAAUGUCUGCGUUGUCCUAUUCUUGGUUCAAUCGCUGGAUCGAGUGCUAAUGGUGCUUGGAUGUUUCUGGAUCAAAAUUCGAGGAUUGAAGCCCGUUGCGCAAAUGGAGUAUACGCAGGAUUUGGAGAACGUGCAUUUGGAGGAUUAUCCAAUGGUGUUGGUGCAGAUCCCGAUGUGUAAUGAGAAGGAGGUUUACCAACAGUCAAUUGCAUCAGUGUGCAUCCAGGACUGGCCAAGGGAGAGAAUGCUCGUACAAGUUUUGGAUGAUUCUAAUGAUUUGGAUGUUCAGGCGCUCAUCAAGGCAGAGGUACAGAAAUGGCAACAGAGGGGAGUGCGGAUAUUAUAUAGACAUCGUCUUAUACGAACAGGCUAUAAGGCAGGGAAUCUAAAAUCAGCAAUGAGUUGUGACUAUGUCAAAGAUUAUGAGUUUGUGGCAAUCUUUGAUGCAGAUUUUCAACCAACACCAGAUUUCUUGAAGAAAACUAUUCCAUGUUUUAAGGGAAAUGAUGAUCUAGCUUUGGUUCAAACAAGGUGGGCUUUUGUUAAUAAGGAUGAGAACUUGCUUACAAGAUUGCAGAACAUAAACUUGUCAUUCCACUUUGAGGUUGAACAACAAGUCAAUGGAUUGUUCAUCAACUUCUUUGGUUUCAAUGGAACUGCUGGUGUAUGGAGAACAAAGGCUCUUGAGGACUGUGGUGGAUGGUUAGACCGAACUACAGUUGAAGACAUGGAUGUUGCUGUCCGUGCUCACCUUUGUGGAUGGAAGUUUAUAUAUCUGAAUGAUGUUAAGUGCCUUUGUGAACUGCCGGAGUCUUAUGAGGCAUACAAGAAGCAGCAAUACCGCUGGCAUUCAGGUCCAAUGCAAUUAUUCCGUUUGUGCUUCAUGGACAUAAUCCGAUCUAAGAUGAGUUUGGCCAAGAAAGCCAAUAUGAUAUUUCUUUUCUUCCUCCUGCGGAAGCUUGUCCUGCCCUUCUAUUCAUUCACCCUCUUCUGCAUUAUUCUUCCUCUGAGUAUGUUCCUGCCCGAAGCUCAGUUACCUGCUUGGGUGGUUUGUUAUGUCCCGGGGAUCAUGUCUAUGUUGAAUAUCCUCCCAGCACCACGGUCAUUCCCAUUCAUUGUGCCAUACCUUCUAUUUGAGAAUACCAUGUCUGUAACGAAAUUUAAUGCCAUGGUAUCAGGGCUGUUCAAAUUUGGAAAUUCUUAUGAGUGGAUAGUUACUAAGAAACUAGGUAGAUCAUCUGAAGCUGAUUUAAUUGCAAUGAUGGAAACCGAAUCUGAGCCUCUGGUGGAAAGUACAAGUCUCCAAAGGUCCUCUUCAGAAUCAGGUCUUGCCGAGCUUAAUAAAUUACAGAUGACCAAAAAAUCUGGGAAGACUAGGCGUAACCGUUUGUACAAGACGGAACUUGCUCUAGCAUUUAUAUUGUUAAGUGCCUCAGUGAGAAGCUUGCUGUCUGCCCAAGGCAUUCAUUUCUACUUCCUACUGUUUCAAGGGAUCGCAUUUCUGGCUGUUGGUCUUGAUCUGAUUGGAGAGCAGGUCGGUUGAAUUCCCCGUUAAAUCUUGCACUGUUGAAGUUACUUCUUCUCUUCGUGGGCUAAGUUGGGGUGAAAAGCCAGGUUUAACGCCGCCUUCAAAACCAUCCCCAACAAGCAGUUAUCAGUCUAAGCUCCCAGCUGGAGCUAAUUAAAUUCGCUUUCUUCAAGACAUUGCAUGCUUGUAUUUCUCGCCUAUUUUAUAUGCUUUGCCAAAGGACUCCGAUCUCAAUGAUUGCUGCGAGUCCAUAAACUAUCACGAUCUUGAUACGAAGUUGCCGCUUACGUCAUAGUGGAGGGAGGAGUUCAGAAAGUAGCUGGAUUCAUAUGCUGAACUGUUAUUGGUGCUAGUGGCGCAGGCAUUGUAAGGUUGCUCAGGUUUGUCAUUCUUUGUAUUUUUGUUACUGUCACCAGGUGGUGUAUCAUAUUGACCUUUUCAUCGUGCUGGAAAUUAAUUCUUUUUUUUUUU